AAUUCGAAUUUCAAAGUUAGUCAAAAUUAACUUAUAUUUUGAUUCAUUUAGAUCUAAAAUACCAGAAUAUCAUGGGUAGAGUGAGCAAACAUAGAAAAACCAAGUCUUGUGAUCCAUUUUACAAGGGAAAGAAGACAGAUUUACCCACUAAAAUCAAAAAGAUUAAAAAAUGUGCGGAAGGUAGUGGAUUGGAAGAGCAAAAGAUGCCUAGAACAAUGAAAGACAUUCUUGAAAGAGCAAAGCAGAUGAAGGGGAAGAAGAAGAAGAAGCUCAAACGAUUAGAUGAAGGAAAUAAAAAGGUGAAGAAAAAGAAGCAAGCCUUGUUCCAGCAACAGAAAGGUGAAAGCAAAAAGAAAUAUUUCAACAGAAUUGACCGUGAAGCUGCUUCAGCUGUGGUGGAGUCCAUGAAGAAAAACAAAAAAAUGAGUGAAAGAAGAAAAAGUCAUCUGAAAAAAAGAAAAGAAAAAGAAAAAGUAAAGAAGAAUCCUGAAAGAGCUUUAUCAACUAUAAAAGAAUUUAGUGACUUCAAAGAUGAGGUGAAGUUUGGGGAUGUUGUCUUACAGCCUCCAAUGUUAACUGCAAAACCUCGCAAGGCUCCUCUAGAGUCCAAGGCAAAGAAAUCUUUACUGCUUAGUAGCAAAUUUCUCUCUAAGGAAAACCAAACCCUAAAAUCUUCAGACAAACCUGAAGGUUCAGAUGAUAAAAAUUCAAUUCCAAAGUCAAAGAAAAGAAAGCACAUGACRGAAAUAGAGAAAGCAGUUCUUGAUAAGGAAAGGAUGAGAGUGAUUGAGGCAUACAAGGCAGCAAAGAAGAAAACUCUUGGUGAAAAAUGAAAUGCGUUAAUAAAUAAUAACAUUUAUCUGAU